AUGCCUUUGCCUAGAAGCCGUCGUCUAAGAAAAUCGCUUUCGCCAUCGGGUUCGCAGGUUGCUCCCGAUAGCGAUGAGGAGGCUAUGAGAUUAGACAUGGGAGAGGACGAGGAUAUUGAAUUGAAGGAGGAGGAGAGAGAAUCAAAUGAUGCAGAUUCCGAAGGGUCCUCCCAGCAUAGUACAGAACAGGAAGUCGACUGGGAGAUGCAGUCUUCCAUGAAGACCCCCUUGGCCUUGCCACCCGAUUCGCAAUCGUCUGUGAUCUCGGUGUUGAUGCUCAGUCAAUCACAGGGCCCUAGUUAUUCAUGUGCUGGAGCAUCCUCCCAGCAAAACACGAUUAGACAUGGCCAGGGAAUGCAGUCUUCCAAUGGAAUGCCUAUAUCAUCACCGUCCGGGUGGCAGUCAUCUAUGAACUCGGUGUCAAUGCUCAGCCAGCUAUCGGACAUCAACGCGGAUGACGAGUUGUCAGAUAUGUCCAUGGGCUUUGAUGUUGCCGCGGGUGACGAUCGAGCGGGAGAAUUUUCCAACACACAGAGCUCUACGAUAGCUUGGAGAGACAGCGACGUCGCCAGCUUUGGAAAUCAAUAG